AUGAGUCGUUGUGACUUCAAAAUUGUUUUGCUAGGUAGCGAACACGUAGGGAAGACCAGUUUGGUAUUGCGAUUUGUUAAUAGCACAUUUAAUUCAGGGACACCGUAUCAGAAUACUAUAGGUGCUGCAUUUUGUGCAAAGACAAUGCGCUCAAAUGGAAAAGAUUUCAACAUCGGUAUAUGGGAUACUGCUGGAAGUGAGCGUUAUGAGGCUAUGACACGUAUGUACUACAGGGGAGCGCAUGCAGCUGUCAUUUGCUAUGAACCAUGUUGCUUAGAAUCAUGGGCACGACUAAGGCAUUGGUUGCAAGAAUUGAGAACAGUUGAGGAGGAAUGUAAAGUAUAUUUAUGUGGCACUAAGAAAGACUUAUUAGACUCGGGGAUGGUGAAACGGGAAGUGCCUGAAGAUAUUGUUGCGACUUAUUCACAAGGACUUAGGGGUCAUUUUCUAACGUCGAGCAAAACUGGAGAGAACGUUGAAGAGCUAUUCCAAAAGAUCGUCGACGACUGCGUCGCCGAUGCGAAACUAAUGAGGAACGUUGAAGAAAUGAGAGUGCAGCUACUCAAAGAGGAAGAAGCUUAUAAAGCGAAACACAAAGAGUAUUGCAACUGUUGA